GUUCAGCUUCGUGCGCAGGUCUUGCAAGACCUUGACUUUUUUCUUCUUCUUCUCUGUGGGCAUUUGGGAUUGUUUGAUCCUUCAUUCUCGUCAAAAUCCUUUGUGGGUUUUUCCAUCAUCAUUGGCAUCGACCCAAUUGACCCGUGUCUUUUUUUUUUAUUGAUUACGCAACUUAGCCCACCCACCUUCCGACUUCGACACGCUCCUUUGUGCAGCUAUUUCUCUAACGCCUUGCAGCUGCAAAUUUUCCAAUCUUGAUUGCGCACAUCGAGCGCCAAAACUCUUGCGCCAAUCCUAUCAGAUACACAGAGCGGGCGUGAAAAGCAGUUUCCGGAAUGGCCGCAGAUAAUGCGGCGGUCCACGCCUCAGGCGCCGACCAGGGCGAGUUGAGGCGGCGCAAUGUUCCUAGCACCGAGCCGACCGCGGGGACAGUAGAGAGAGUCGAGCCCGACGACAACAAGAAGCAGGUCAAGAAGCAGGAAGCAUCUUUCUUGCAAGUCCUCGACGAGUGGGAAUUCCUCAUUGCGCCCAUCAUCUUCACGGCGCUCGCAUUUUUUACUCGACUCUACCAGAUUGGCAAGUCCGAUAUCGUCACCUGGGACGAGGCCCACUUUGGAAAGUUUGGAUCACACUAUAUUUCCAGGACAUACUACUUCGAUGUGCAUCCGCCGCUGGGAAAGAUGCUGGUUGGCCUCUCGGGCUACAUGGCAGGCUACAAUGGCUCCUUCGAAUUCAAGUCGGGAGAGAAGUACCCUGACUGGGUCAACUAUACCUUCAUGCGCCAGUUCAAUGCCUUUUUCGGUGCCAUCAUUGUCCCCUUUGCCUACCUGACCGCCAAGGAGCUCAACUUCAAGCGCCCAGCUGUGUGGCUGGUGACCUUGAUGGUUCUUUGCGAGAACAGCUACACUACCAUCUCAAGGUUCAUCCUCCUCGAUUCGAUGUUACUCUGCGGUACCGUUACCACCGUGUUCUGCUGGGCCAAGUUCCACCGUCUCCAGAACAAGAGCUUUGAGCCAGAGUGGUUCUUCUGGCUUUUCAUGACCGGUCUUAGCAUCGGCUGCGUCACGAGCGUCAAGCUAGUUGGUCUCUUCGUCACUGCCCUCGUCGGUAUCUACACUAUCGAGGAUCUGUGGCACAAGUUCGGAAACCUCAAGAUGCCACCUUUGGAGCUUGGCGCACACGUUGCUGCGAGAGUAGUUGGACUCAUCAUCCUUCCCUUCCUGGUCUACAUGCUGAGCUUUGCCAUCCACUUUGCCGUUCUCACCAAGACGGGUCCUGGAGAUGCCCAGAUGAGCUCCCUAUUCCAGGCCAACCUGCAGGGAACAGAGGUUGGCAAGGACAGCCCCCUGGAGCUUGCCUAUGGUAGCCGCGUCACCAUCAAGAACAUGGGAUAUGGUGGUGGUCUCCUUCACAGUCACGUCCAGACAUAUCCCGAGGGCUCAACCCAACAGCAGGUCACUUGUUACCACCACAAGGACUCUAACAACGAUUGGUUCUUUUACCCUAACCGCAACGACCGUGAGUACAAGGAGGAGGAAGAACCUCGCUUCAUUGCCGACGGUGAAGUUUUGCGCCUGAUCCACGUCCAGACUGGCCGCAACCUUCACUCGCACGACAUUGCCGCGCCCAUGACCAAGUCGGACAAGGAGGUCUCCUGCUAUGGCAACCUGACGGUCGGUGACGACAAGGACCACUGGAAGGUCGAGGUUGUCCGCGAUGUUGCUUCACGUGACCGCAGCAAAGUCAGGACGCUCACUACCGCUUUCAGGUUGAAGCAUGUCUCUCUAGGCUGUUACCUGCGUGCCGGCAACGUCAACCUCCCUCAGUGGGGUUUCAAGCAGAUCGAGGUGGCCUGUACCCCCAAGAACAACCCGCGUGAUACUUACACCUGGUGGAACGUGGAGGCACACUGGAACGACAAGCUGCCCAAGGGAAACCCCGGCGUUUACAGGUCGCCGUUCAUCCAUGACUUCAUCCACCUCAACGUUGCUAUGAUGACAUCCAACAACGCUCUUGUCCCCGACCCUGACAAGCAGGAUGAUCUUGCCUCACAAUGGUGGCAGUGGCCGAUCCUCCACGUCGGUCUGCGCAUGUGCGGAUGGGACGACAGUAUCGUCAAAUACUUCCUUCUGGGCAACCCCUUCGUUUACUGGGGUACUACUGCCGGUGUAGGAAUCAUUGGCCUGGUUGUUGUCUGGUACCUGCUCCGCUGGCAGCGUGGAUUCCAAGACCUCACGACGCCCGAGGUUGACCAGAUCCACUACUCGGGUGUUUAUCCCGUCAUUGGAUGGUUCCUGCACUACCUGCCUUUCGUGGUCAUGGCGCGUGUCACCUACGUGCACCACUACUACCCGGCACUCUACUUUGCAAUUCUGACGUUCGGCUUCCUCGUCGACUGGUUUACUCGCGACAUGCACAAGUCUAUCCAGUACGGCAUCUACACUGCGCUUUACACGAUCGUCAUUGGUCUUUACAUUCUGUUCAUGCCGAUCUGUUGGGGUAUGGUCGGGUCCAACAAGACCUAUAGCUAUCUCAAGUGGUUCGACACAUGGAGAAUCUCUGAUUAAGUGGGAUCAUGUCUGAGCGGCGAAUUAAGAAUGAGUUUAUCCCAUUCAUGGCUCUCGCCUAGAACUCAAUUUCCACAAGAACACGUCGAAUCGAAUCACUGUCACAACCCGUGACGCCGGCCAUCCCUUGUCAGGGUGAAUAAUGCCAUUUUUGUAAGCUAGAAAGGACAGGCAGGACGGGGCGUGGGAAACAGCACGACCAGAUGUAUGGGACGUGAGGCGUUCAGGUUUGAGAAGGCGGGCGGUUGGGCAAGGACACAUCUCCUACCAUAUGAACAAAAGCUGGCGAGGGUGAAGUUGCCGUGAAGUGGCAAAAAAGAUAUUCUGCUACAGCUUAAUACAGAGCUCCGGAUUUUCAUUUGUUGACUUUGAGGUUCAUGUCUUGAUUUGUUUUUUUGGAGUGGUACGGAUGCCAGUUUUGCGCUCAUGAUCUCAUUAUGAAUUAACGUAUUUUAGAUAUACAAGUUUGAGCAAGCUGGUGAGUUAGGACGUGACCCAGGAUAUCAUGUGUGUGCGACAGAACCGCUGUCCAUGGGCACCGUGCCACUAAUCUACGCGAACGGACAGAACAAACUAUAGCUAUAGUCUAGGAUACUCGAGCCAUUCGAAUAGCCUGAUCCGUCUGCGUCAUAUACAUCCCCCAGGUUUUUUUUUUAUUUUAUUUCAUAAUAGUCAUCAACAGCAGCCAAAGCUUGAGCCUCUCCGUGGGUCGGGCUGUAGCUGGAGCGUCCUCGCCCCAGGUACAGUGGCGGCUGGACCCUUGACACCUGACCGCCUGUCAUUCAGGUCAUACUUUCCAGCCUCUAUAUUUUGAAAGAUGCGCUCAGCGACGCGCAUGAAUGCCAUCUCGACGUUCUCGCCGCUCUUUGCCGACGUCUCAACGUAUUCCAGCACAUUAUUCCGCUUAGCCCAAGCCUCGGCCUCCUCCCGUGUCACCUCGCGCUUGUUGGGUACGUCGUCGGCCCCAGACCCGCCGUCACCGCCGCUACUGCUGGUACGCGUCAAAUCAGCCUUGUUGCCGACCAAAACCACCACAAUGUCCUCCUCGGCGAUCUGGCGGAGGUCGUUUAGCCAGUCGGUGACGUGCUGAAAGGUCUGGCGGCGCGAAAGGUCGAAGACGAGCAGGGCGCCCGACGCGCCGCGAAAGUAGGAGCGCGUCACCGACUUGUACGUCUCCUGCCCGGCCGUGUCCCACAGAGACAGCUUCAUGUGCUUCUGCGGAGGGUCGGACGCGGGUGGCCGGGGCGGCGCGGGCAGGCCACCCGCGG